AUGUCCAAUCCUCAGGACUACACUGUUGGUUGGAUAUGCGCUAUAAGUACGGAGCGCGUUGCUGCCCGUGCUUUUCUCGACGAGGAACACGCUCCUCCUGAGUAUGUCCAGACCAACGAUAACAAUGACUAUACCCUUGGAAGAGUUGGAAAACACAAUGUUGUCAUCGCCGUUGCCCCAGACGGCGAAUAUGGUACACAGUCUGCUGCAGCUGUCGCUAGAGAUAUGAUGCACACCUUUCCAAACGUUCGCAUUGGUCUUAUGGUUGGUAUUGCUGGGGGCGUGCCUUCCCACAAGCAAGAUAUACGUCUCGGGGAUAUCGUAGUCAGCUCCCCUCGGGAAGGGAAAGGCGGAGUCUAUCAACACGACUUCGGUAAGCGGAGACAAGAGCAGGACUUCCAAACUACAGGGUACCUAAAUCAGCCACCUCCAGUUCUUCGAGCAGCAGUUGCUGGGCUUAGGUCCCAGUAUGAAGAAGACGGCCAUCAGUUGGAGCAUGCCAUCGACAGAGUGCUUGAGAAAAAGCCGAGGUUGAGAAAGAAGUACCAACGUCCGGACCCCAAAAAUGACCGGCUUUAUUUGUCAAAAAUCGUUCAUCCGGCGAAUGACGAACGAGAUUGUUCUGAAGUCUGCGGGCAGGAUCCCUCGCAGUUCGUCGACCGCGGAAUCAGAACUCCGGAGGACGACAAUCCAACAAUACAUUAUGGCUUGAUUGCUUCGGGCAACACAGUACUGAAGGACGCCCUACUUCGUGAUGCUGCUGCAAAGGAUGGUGUUUUGUGUUUUGAAAUGGAGGCGGCAGGUCUCAUGAACCAAUUCCCUUGUCUCGUCAUCCGUGGGAUAUGCGAUUACUCGGACUCCCAUAAGAACAAGCAAUGGCAGGGCUAUGCAGCAAUGGCAGCAGCCGCGUACGCGAGAGAUCUACUCCUUCGGAUCCUGCCUAAUAGGGUCGAGGCUGAAAAGCCAUUUAGACAAACAGUCUCUGACAGCAUAAAAAAUGUGCAAGACAACAUUGAAAAUCUCGCCAGGGGCCAGCAACAACAAAUAGAAAGGAAAGAUCGGAGAAAGCUGUCUGAAUGGCUUUCGCCCCUUAUCCCUUAUGCACGACACUACGAGAACCAAAAGCAGCGGGUCAACGGCACAGGCAAAUGGCUGCUCGAGGAUUCAUUGUUUCUGGAAUGGUCUACAGCAACAUCUCCGUCGGUUCUAUUUUGUUACGGAGACCCUGGUGCCGGGAAGACCAUUCUUUCCUCUCUUGUGAUUGAUCACUUACAUUCUACGACCGCGGAGUCAACAAUUGGAGUAGGCUACAUAUAUUCUGACUACAGAGACGCGAAAUCACAGACAGCAGAGAAUAUUCUUGGAGCAGUGUUGCAGCAAAUUUUAGGAUCUCUACCUGAAAUCCCACCUGAAGUCUGGUCACUGUUCAGAGAACGACUUGCCAAACACCUUGCCUUUCACUUGUCCGAUGCAAAGGAUCUCUUCCAAAUUGCCAGUGUAAAGUUUGGGAAAAUCUACAUUUGUAUUGACGCUCUAGACGAACUCAAUGAUCAGCGAAGGGUGCUGGAGUUCUUGCGAGACAGACCCUCCAACCUACAGUUGUUCUUGACGGGUCGACCUCAUGUCAGAGAGAUUGUUAGAGAACAUCUGAACGUCUUACAGGAGGUAAUAGUCAAAGCUAGAGAUUACGAUAUCCAGCAGUUUAUUGAUCGCGAAAUCGGUGGACCAAAUGAUAUUGAACCAAGUGCCAUGGAUGACAAGCUCCGAACAAGCAUUAAGGAGAAACUUGUUCAAUCAGCCGAGGGAUCGUUCCUUUUGCCGGUUUUGCAAAUUCGUACCAUCCUUCAGUGUUUAACUAGACGCGACCGAGAAUUGUCCUUAAAGACUCUGCCUUCUACUUUGAGUGAAGCGUUUGCCGGGUCCUUUGCGAGGAUUCAACAACAGCCCGAGGCUUUAGCAUAUCGUGCCGCACAGAUUGUUGCAUGGGUUCACUUGACUGUGCGGCCGCUGACUGAGAGUGAGCUAUUAUGCGCAUUGACCGUGAAGAAUGAGGACACGAGAUUUGAGGUGAGGGGAAUUCCAGUCAGAAGGACAUUGUUGAAUUGCUGUCAGGGUUUGGUUGUGAUGGAUCGUCAGACGUCCACUGUUCGCUUGGUACACUUCUCCCUGGAAGAAUAUCUCAAUCGUCAAAAUCAGAUAUUUGAGGUGUCGAUCCGAGAGUUGCAUGGACGAAUUGCGGCCACAUGCCUCACAUAUCUCAACUUCCCAACUUCAGCAGAAGACCCAGAUGAGGACCCCAAUGAAGACCCGGACGAAGACCCAAAUGCACACCCAGAGGAAGAUGCAUGUGUGAAUGUUGAUAUCAGAAUGGCUCUUCUCUCUUACUCGGCAAGGCAUUGGGGCAUCCACCUUCAUCACUAUGAAGGUGAAGAAGGAGUCGAUCACGUCGAGCCGUCUGUACUCAAUCUGGCUUAUAAGUACCUCCAGCUAGGCUGGAAGAGAAACCCUGACAGCUGGAAAAGCCUACUCGAGUACAUGUAUUGGAGGGACGUGCCGAAGACUGAGAGACGUGACCUUCAAGCUCAUGUUUCAGCAUAUUUUGGUCUCCGAUCUGUUAUUUCUCUUUUCGCCCUAAGAGGACUAAGUCUAGAUAGGAAAGAUCGAAUGGAACGAACGCCGCUUUCAUGGGCUUCUGAAAGAGGCCACCUGGGGACGGUACAACUCCUCCUUGCAAAGGGUGUGGAAGUGGACUUAGGAGACUUUUUCGCGCGUACACCACUAUCGUGGGCCUCUAAAGAAGGUCAUCUAACAACAGUACAGCUUCUGCUCGAUAAUGGUGCUGCAUGGAACUCGGAAGACGAUCUGGGGUAUACACCACUAAUGCGGGCCUCUGAACAGGGUCACCUGGCGAUAGUACAGCUUCUUCUUCACCGUGGUGGUGCUACAGUGAACUCGGAAGAUGAGGAGCUGUCUGCAUCACUAUUUUGCGCCUCUGGAAACGGUCACCUGGCGAUAGUACAGCUUCUUCUUCGCCGUGGUGUUACAGUGAACUGGGAAGACCCGGAGGGACGUACACCACUCUCGUGGGCCUCUGAAAAUGGUCACCUGGCGAUAGUACAGCUUCUUCUUGAUCAUGAUGCUGCAUUGAACUCGAAAGAAGAGGAGAAGUGUGCAUCACUAUUGUGGGCCUCUGAAUGGGGUCACCUGGCGAUAGUACAGCUUCUUCUUGACCGUGGUGCUCCAGUGAACUCGGAAGACGAGGAGGGGCGUACACCACUAUCGUGGGCCUCUGAAAAUGGUCACCUGGCGAUACUUCUUCUUGACCGUGGUGCUGUAGUGGACUCAAGAGAUUCAGGCGACCGAACCCCGCUCUCUUACGCUACAGAGUUUGACAGUAUACUUGUGGCGGAGCUACUGAUCAAGGAGGGUGCAGCGGUUGACUCGGUAGAUACAACAGGCCGAACACCGCUCUCAUGGUGUUUAGCACCGGAAAUGGCUCUUACUUGGAAAGAGGACACAACAGAAACAAAGGCCGUAGCACAGCUUCUCAUUAAGAAUGGUGCUAUUCUUGAUACCAGAGACGAUGAGGGCAAGACGCCGCUCUCUCAUGCCGCAGAGAAUGCUGACGUGAUGAGAAUGGAAAUUCUCAUCGAGUUGGGUGCCGAAGUAAACUCCAGGGACAACAAUGGCCGAACACCGCUAUCAUGGUGUUUAUCAUCUAAGACUGAAUAUAGCUGGACGAGAACAAAAAAACCAUGGGAGAUUGCAGCACGUCUUCUCAUCAAGAAUGGGGCACUGCGGGAUCCAGAUACGGAGCUGGACAUCUAG